AUGUCACCAUCAGCUUCAUCUACUGCCCUUAGUAAGGGGAAAAUCACACUGACUGGUGCUGAGGAAACACUGCUUCUUACACUUUUGGCCCGCGCCUAUGACGCCGAUGCACCCCAUCCAAUUUUAAGCGAUCAGUAUGCUGUCGAGCUUGUCUCUCAAAUAGAGGACCAGGGUUAUAGCUUUAAGCGGAGCCUGACUGGCGGCCUAGCCCCCGAACGCUUCGGAUAUUCAGUGGCUAUGCGUGGCCGUAUGCUAGACAUAUGCACUGAGAAGUUUCUAAGGAGACAUCCCGGCCCAGCAACAGUGUUGCAUCUAGCUUGCGGCCUUGACACACGAAGCAUGCGUGUUAGGUGGCAAGGGGAAGGUCGACUAUGGAUAGACGCAGACCUUAUGGAAGCCGUCAAGCUACGAGAGAAACUUAUAAAGGAGCCAGACCCAGGCAGGGGAGAAUACCGCCUACUACAACACAACGUUGUUCAAGAAGCAUGGCUUGACGACUUCAACAUUCCUACGGAUCGACCGGUAUUUAUUCUCUUCGAAGGACUCACGCCUUAUCUUACGCCACAUGAAUUCUACAGCUUCUUGCAACGGACUGUAGACUAUUUCCACCACAGAGGCGUUCAUGGCGAGAUUUAUUUUGAUGUCCUUGGCUCAGUUUUGUACUAUUCUAUCUACUACCGCUUUAAGAAAUCCCUGAAGGUUAUGGGAGUGAGAUUAUCCUACUUUCUUGAUAACCCUAAGACCUUGGAGCAAAGAGUAACGGGGUUAAAGUAUAAGGAGUGUGUAUUUAGAACAUUGGACCUUUACAAAACAGGGCUUUUUGGCUGGGUGUCAUUAUUUCUUGGCUGGGCAAUUGGUUUAUUUGGCCUCAAAAGGCGUUUUGGUGGGGGCUAUGGGUAUGAGUUUUGA